CGCACUGCUGUACGCAGCAGCAGAAGGUGAAGAGGAGGUUAUUUCCUCUCGGUCUUCUCCUCCUGCAGGAUCCAUUCUCCGUUUUGCGAAAGGCAGACAGUGAAARAGCCCGCAGCACGCGAGAGGAAGACAGGUCGUUUUGCGGUUUGUUUUUAUUUGCGCCAUUCUCGCUGCGCCAAGGAGGAAACAGACACCGGGUCCAGGACAAWACGAAGAUCCAUGAGAGACGCUUCGGGCUGGAGUGACGGUAGGCCACGAGCUUCUAGAGAUCUUCUGUUUCCUGACCUCCAGCUGCCAACAUCUGUGCUGCUUGUGUGAAGGUUAAACCAUGGACGCAGGGAGGCUGGAGCAGCAGGUGGCCAGUGUGGAGAGGGGGAUCAGCUUCCUGAAGCAGGAGCACCUGGCCAUGCUGACGGGUCUGCAGCUGGAGAUCACUCACCUGAAGAGGCGCUGUCAUGUGCUGAGCUGUGAGCUGGACUCCAGAUUCCCCGACAGACACACUGCAGAGGAGGAGGCAGAACUGGCGGCACGUUGCGAUGCUGCAGAGCGCCUCCUGGAGCGCCAGCAGUGCAUGAUGGUCGCCGCACGUGGGGAGCUGCGCGCCGGCCGGGCGCGAGCUUUUGCGCUCGGGAGGAGCCUCAGGGAGGAAGAACGAUGUUUCCUGGAGGAGCUGAAGCGCCGCAGUCACAAGAUCACCCUGUUGAAUCGAGAACUUCAGCACCAGAACGUUGUGACGGCGACUCUGCACCACGAACUUCAUGCCACACGGUUAAAACUUUUCCAGCGGCGACAGAGUGCAGGUUCUGCGGCAGAUGGAGAGCAGGAAGUCGGAGGGAAGGAGGAGGAAGAGGAUGAGGAGGAUGGAGGCUCAGAUUGGCUUUUGUCUCCGCUUCCUGCUGCCUCCUCUGACCAAUCAGAGGAGAGACACAGGAGGCACCUCAGCCUGAGGGAGGAGAGGGUGAAAGCGUGUAUCCCGCAGGAGAGAGUGACAUCACCACAGAGGCCACACUCCAUGCCUGACCCCGCCCUCUUCUUGGUGCCACUCAGGUACCGCCUCCUUCGCUUGGGCCAGCCAGUGAGAUCGCAGGAAGGCGAGAGGAGCGAGGAUGAGUGGGAGGACAUAGAGGACAMCAGGGUCCACAGGAGGGUGGACAUGGGAGCAGGGGAAGGAGAAACAGCUCUGUGAAGAUGGACCAACAUCUGAUGAAUUUAACCACYUGAUUCUCCGUAGAUCCCAGAAAGUUAGRUAUUUUUCUAGUUAUAUUUGUAGAGUUAGUUCUCAGACCUAUAUGUAGAUAUUUUAAUGGAUUCAUCUCGAUGACAAAGCAGCGUGCGAGACCUCGGGUCAAAAAUAACUGAUGAGUGGUUCAUAAAGAUGCCUUCUCAUUUUGACACACAGCUUUUGCCUACAAUCAGUAGCCUUACGUCUCGGCCAACAAACACUUUCACCUCACAGUUUGAAGCAGCUGAUAUUUUCACAGCACUAGUUYUGGGUCAGGUUCUGACUUUGAAAGGUUUCUGCCUAUUUUGUAUGAUCUGCACUUUAUUAAAGUCAUGCAAUGUGCCUACAUCUGUAUGGCAAAACAUCAA